GCUGAGGGGCGGCCGAGCGGGCUGGGGUCGUAGUGCAGCGGUUUCUCGGGGUUGCUUCCUUUGUCCCCCGCCCCAUGAUGCCCCCGCUGCGCCCUUCUCUGGACGCCGCCCUCUUCGGUCCGGCCGCACCCUGGAUUUUAGGACGGGGGGCUCGUCGGCCCCGACUGGCCCGAGGGCGGCGGGGCGCUGGGGCUCUGCUCCGGAGGACGGGCCUGUCCCGGCGGCCGAGCGUCGGCGAGGGCAGACGUUACUGUUGGUGGGAGACGCGGCGGACCGCCGGUCGUCCUCGCCACCCCCGACUCCUGCGGCCCCGGCACUCUCCCUGCGGCGCGGGCUCCUCGGCCUCCAUACCCGCCUGUGGCGGCUGCCCGCGGGCAGAUCGAGUUACACCAAAUCGCCCUGCGGGUCUAGAGGCCACCCUGUGGCUUUCGGAGGGAUGGUCAAGCUGGCGGGGGAAGAGAUAUGGAUCAGAAACUUUCAGAGUUGGUAGAAGAGCUCACAACUUCAGGAGAGCCCCAAGUGAACCCCGAGAAAAUGAAGGAACUGAAGAAAAUUUGCAAGAGUUCUUGGAGCUCACGCUGGGCACCGACCAUGAGCGGCCCCUGCCACCCCCCAGGGAGGUGGCACAGAGACUGAGGCAGGCGGCCACCCGGGCCAUCCGUGGCUGGAACGAGAAGUACGGCGCAGCCUAUAAGAAGCUGGCCCUAGGCUUCCACUUCCUAAAGCACAGCAAACAGGUAGAUUUCCAAGACUCGGAUGCUCGCACUCUGGCAGAAAGAAAACGAGCAGAAGAGAAACAGAAGCGCUUGGACAGAAUCUACAAGGAAAGGUCUGAGUGGGCAGCGAGGGAGAUGGAAGAGAUGUCCGCGGAGAUCCGGGGCUGCCUCACCGAGCUAGAGAGCUGCUUCCGACUGCUGCUGCCCUUCGACCUUGACCUGGUCCCCGGGGCCGCUGGGUGCCCCAUGCCUGAGGAAGGCGACAGGGACGAGGAGCAGCCCUGCUGCAGCAAGAGCCUGCCCGCCUGCGCACGCCGCCCAGGAGCCGUGGGCACGGGAGGGCCGCCCCCAGAGGACGGGGACGGCGACCAGGACGGGUUCGUGCGGCAGCACGGGCUGGGCUCCCGCCAGUACACGCUGGCUGUGGACCUUUCCCCAGACAGCCUGAGGGUGCGUGAGAACGAGGACAACUCGGCCGUCAUCCGUGCAGCGCAGGAUGCGCUCAGGCUCAUCCAGAACAAGCUCCUGCCGGCCGCAUGCUCCUGGGUCCAGCUGUUCACUCGUGCGGGGACUCAUGGCGGGCACUUGGAGGGUGCCAUCCACCUGAAGGCUGAGCUGGAAACCGCCUUGAAGAGGUCCCGGGAGCUGGACAUCGCACCCGAGGAGGGCCGCAGGGGGGAGACAGCAGGCCCCGAAGACGAGGACGAGGAUGAGGACGACUUCCUGGAGGUCCCGGAGAAGGAGGGCUACGAGGCCUGUGUCCCCGAGCACCUGCAGCCUGAGUGCGGGCUGGAGGAAGGUCUGGCCGCACCAGGCUCGCAAGCUAGGAAGAAGCCUGGAAUGGACACAGACGCCUGUGACCCCACCUCUGCGGCUGCCCAGCGGCAUCGGCUCCGGCCCCACGGGCCCCCAGCCUCACCCCCAAGCCCCAGGUGUGACUCGGAGCGCCGGUUCUGGAAGCCCUGCGAAGUGGAUGCCGAGGUGGACAGCGCCGGCGUCUCCGAGGCCCUGAGGAGCCGCUGCUUCCCCUUCGCGGGGUGGUUUGAGCCCGUGCAGCACCGCUGCCGCGCCCCGCGGCCCGACGGCCAGCUCUGUGCACGCCAGGACCGCCUGAAGUGCCCUUUCCACGGGAAGAUCAUCCCGAGAGACGACGCGGGCCAGCCCCUCCACGCAGAGGACAGGGCCCGGGAGCAGAGGCAGCAGCUGCAGAGGCCAGCGGGGCGCCCAGGGAGCCGGUGCUCCGUCCUGGCGUGGGCCGUGCGCUGUCCGCUGCCUGGCUCCCAGAGGCCCCUGAGCUGCAAGCAAGACUGGCAGGACCCCGAAUUCCUGAGGGACGUGGAGGCGGCCACCGGGGUGAAUCUGGGCUCGUCCAGGCCUGGCGGGAAAGGCAAGGGCAAGCGGCGGAAGCACCCGGGCCUCACCGACCUCAAGCGGCAGGCUGACACAGCCCGCGCACGCAUUGCCAAGAAAGUGUUCGCCAAGGCAGCCGUGCAGAGGGUGGUCACCGCCAUGAACCAGAUGGACCAGAAGAAGCAUGAGAAGUUUGCAAACCAGUUUAACUACGCCCUAAAUUAGGGCCAACCCCAUUCAUGGUCCCCUGUGGUCGUCAGCGCCUCCUCUCUGGGUGCGGGCGGUAACAGCAGUCAUCAUCCAGUGUGUUUAAUGCGAGGACUUGGUGCACACUCUAAUCUAAAUGUCCCAGAGGCGUGGACGUUCCUGCUGCGGGGACCUCGGCCAGCACUUAGGGGCCGCCUGCCUGGUCGCCUGGGGUGAACCGGGCAGCCUGGCUCCCAGGGGGCAUCUUGUACGGCCUGUGCGCUUUGUGACGUGGUUCAGGGUUGCUCAACGUCCAGGAUGAGUGCAGCCCUGCCCUGCCCCCAGCCUUCUCCCCUUCUCCUCUGGGUCUGCCUGCAGGACGUUUCCUGUGCCUGGAUCACAGCCCCACACGGCCCUGGGUGUGGCUGCCUUCGUGGCAGUGUCCUCAAGGCUGUCCCCUCUGGUGCUGUCAGCGCAUCGUCCUCUUAGGUUCAGAUGAUGCUCCGCUGUGUGACAAGACCACGCUUACCCGUUCAUCAUGGACAUGUGGGUAGUUUGCACUUUGGGAUUAUUACAGAUACCGUUAAUGACCGUUUGUGUGCAAGUUUUUGCAUGGGCGUAUAUUUUCAUUCCUUUUGGGUUUAUGCCUAAAAAUGAAAUGGGUGGGUUGUAUAGUAACUGUGUAUAACUUUACUGAUGAAUUGCUGAAAUGUUUUCCAAAGCAGCUGCACCAUUUACAUCCCUACCAGUGCAUCUGGGUGCUCAUUUCUCCAUGUUCUUGCCACACUUGUUAUCAUCAGUCCUUUUCAUUUUAGCCAUCUUAGUAGGUGUGAAGUGGCAUCUCAUUGUGGUUUUGACUUGCAUUUUCCUAAUGAUGAAUGAUGUUCAGUCGCUAAGUCUUGCCCGACUCUGUGACCCCAGGG